AUGCUUCCAGUCGCGCGCCCUGUCUCGUCGUCGCGCCGUCCUCCCCCCCCCCCCCCCCACCUCGUCGCGCGCCCUACUCACCGCCGCGUCGCGCGCCCUGCCCGUCGUCGACGUGCGCGGCCUCCCCGCCGUCGAUGCGCGCGCGCGUCUUGCCCACCGCCCUCCAUCUCCUUGGCCACCCUUCCCUCCUCCCAGCCACCCUUCCUUACCCUCUCGUGGGCGGCCUGCCACACCUCCCUGCAGGCGCCUUUCCCUCCCCCCCGUGGUGCGCCUUCUUCUGCCGUUUUCUGCACCACCUCCUCCUUCUCCCCUCACCCCAUCCGCCUCUUCACCCUCCUCCUCCUCUCCUCAUUCCUUCCUCCCUUCCGUGCCUUUCCUCCCUUCCUCCACUUCCUUCCCCUCCGCAUCUGCCACCUGGCUGCGUGUUACUGA